GGAAGAGCGAGAAAAAUCUUGAGCUCGUCAGCCGUCAGCCGCGAUCGUCGUCCUCGGAUCGUACCUCCUACAUCGGCACUUGUUCGAUCGAUCCGAAGUGAAAAGCACGAGGUGCCGGUGCGAGCGAUACAGUGCUCGCUCGCGCCUUUUCCCGGCGAGGUCGAAGCGGCGCGACGCUCGCGUUCACCAGGUUGCACGAGGAGAGGAAAUGGCGCGAUACGCCGAGGACGUGUACUAUGAAACCGCUAUCAAAUUGGCGCGCGAGGCUGCCCAGAUUCUUCGGAGUUCCAUCAACGGCCUCAAGCAAGUCGAUGAGAAGCUGGGUAAUUGGGAUCUCGUCACCGAAUACGAUCGCAAGAUAGAGGACGUUAUCAUCGGCAAACUUAAAUGCGCAUUCCCGGACCACAGGUUUAUCGCGGAAGAGUCUAGCGGCAAAGAGCUACCGGAACUGACCGAUGUCCCUACGUGGAUCAUAGAUCCCAUCGAUGGCACUACCAAUUUCGUUCACGGAUUUCCGCAUACAUGCGUGGUCAUCGGUUUGGCCGUCAAAAAGGAGGUGGUCCUCGGUAUCGUGUACAAUCCCAUUCUCGAGCAACUGUUCACAGCUAGAAAAGGACGAGGCGCGUUCUUGAACGGGAAAUCGAUUCAAGUGUCCAAAGUUCAAGAUUUAUCGAAAGCUCUGGUCUGCAUGGAAUCUGGCUUCAUAAAGAUAGACGAUCUACGGGAAAAGAUGGUGGAAAGAAUCCAGGAUGUCAUUAAAGCGGCUCAGGGCAUUCGCACUCUCGGCGUGGCGGCGUUAACGUUGUGCUACAUCGCGCUGGGGAUCGUCGAGGCCUAUUACAUCGAAGGCCCCGGUAUUUCGACGUGGGACAUAGCCGCGGCAUCGCUCAUCAUUUCAGAAGCGGGAGGCGUCGUCGUGGACCGCAUAACAGGCGAACCAAUCGACAUCAUGAAGCCACGAGCGGUAGCUGCGUGCAACGAUAAAAUCGCCCGCGACGUCGUUAAGAUCAUCCGUGAGGCUGAUCAACGGGUGGACAUGAGGGCGAAAUAAUAAUGUCAAUAGUUUCAAAAUAUACGCAUUUGGAGAUUAAAUGACUCUCUGCUAUGUCAUCAAACUGUGUGAUCGUAAUACGCGUAAACUUUGUGUCACAUUAUAAAUUAAUUAAAAAAAAGAGAGAAAUUUUACCCUCCCAAGAGAUACUCUCAAUUAAGUUAAUGCUUGUUUGAUUUAUAACUCAUUGUUAGAGACACAAAUCAAGUUUGCGUCUUACAGAGAUUGUUCCGAUAGUAUAAGAUCGAAAUCAUAUAACGCAAAUUUGCACAACAGUAGAGCGAAUCCAAUUAAGAUUAAAAUUAUUGGUUUCCUCAAUUACGUUUUCGUGUAAACAGCUCACGUACCUAUUGUCUCAAUCGUAAUAAUUAAUAAAAGAUAGGAAAUUGCAUAAUACCAACGCAAUAUGGAAUAUUUUGUAAUUAUACCCGCAAUUAAAGACGCAUGGUGAGAUGA